AGUGAAGAGACAGGGUUAGGUCCCCUGGUUGAUGGGGCCCAAAGAUCUGGAGAGAGAGAAAGGCUGAGCACCCCGCCCCCCGGUGAUGUGGGGUUACCUGGCACUGCUCCCAAUCUGCCUGUCGGUGUGGGCUAUGGUGGGGGUCUGGACAAUCUUUGCUUUGGCCGUGUCUAACAAGUCUGUGAAUCUCACUGAUGGCUUUCCUUACAUCAGUCUCUGUGGGUCUUUCCCUCCUCAGAGCUGUAUAUUCAGUCAGCUUUUGAAUGUUGGGGCCGCCAUGGUGGCCUGUAUCUGCAUCCUCCGAUACCUCCAGCUCCAGGAAUGGGGGGUCCCUAAGGGUCCCAAUCAGCUGUGUAUGGGGAUGGGGCUCCUCUGUGCCUUGGGGGCCUCCAUCGUGGGCAACUUCCAGCAAACAAAUGAGCUCCCCACACAUCUGUUUGGGUCCUUCCUGGCCUUUGUGGUGGGCAUAGCUUACUUCUGGACCCAGGUGGUCCUGCUGCGCCAGGCCAAGCCUCAGACCCAGCCCGGGGCCCCCUGGAUCGAGUCCCUGCGCCUGCUGCUCUGCGGCAUCUGCACCGUCCUCAUGGUGACCAUGGUGGCUCUGCACCUGUGGCCCAUGCGCUCAGCAGCAGCCGUGUGCGAGUGGGCCGUGGCCAUGCUCCUAUUCCUUCUCUUCGGCCUCCUGGCUGUGGACUUUUCCGGCCUCAGUGGCUGCGUCAUAAGCCUGCAGAGCAGGCCUGCCUCCUGCCCCGCCAGUGCUGCCAACCUGUCGUCUUUCUAGUUCUCCUCGACAGCGGCUCCUCUCUGAGGCCUCCUCAUUUCCCAUCCUAGGGGGCUGUGGAUGGGAGCCUGACUCCAGCUCCCCCUUUGACUCCAACCCUGCCCUGGCUGGGUCACUGACCUCUGACCCAAGCCUGGGUCAGAGGCCACCCGGGCUCUCUGUCCUCUCCUGGGGCAGGGCCUGUAACCUCUGACCUUGGCCACAGCUGGAGGGAGCUAUGCGUGGUCUGACCUGGCCUAGUUAUGAGGGACCUGUUCUGCCCCUCGACCCCCUCCCAAACUCUCUCUGGCUCCCACGGCUCAGGGAAGGGAGGAGUGUUGGUGUGGAUAUCAGGAGCCCCUAGGGGAAGGGGCCCUGCCAUCCUCAGGAACCUUUCCCGUUAUUGGCGCUCCAGGCCCCGGGAGGCAACAGUGGUUGGAGUGUGAGGAAGAUGGAGAGAGACAGGAGACAGAAGGCGCGAAAAUUGAACUUUUCAUUUCGCGAGAGCAAAUCCGUACAGAGCGCAGGGGGGAGACAGAGGAGGAGAGACAAGGAGAGAGGGGGGCUGGGGAAACAGGGACGAGGGCCCCCCAGCCCCCGCCCCAUUGGCUAAUCCACCCACAUCCCCUCCCCUCCCCCUCCCCAUAGAUAAAUAAAUAAAUUAAUCAUAAAUAAAAUAGAAAUGGC